GAAAUGUUGAAUAGUGAAUACUUAGUUCUUAUAAAAAAAAAAUAGUAGUUACUAAUAGUUAAGGCUUUAACUUUAAAAGUUGAGUAUUGAUUUUUCAACAAAUAAACAAUAAAUAUUAUAAUAAUGUCAAUUUUCAACAACAUUUAUAACUCGUUCCUAGUUUUCAUUAAUUCGCAUCAACGCAGUCCUUUGAAAAUAUAUAACGUAAAUGAAAAACCGGUUGAAAAUAUUAUUGCACAGCAUUCUCAAGCAGAUGUACCAUGUCGUUCAUGCACUGAUUUCCGGACGUUUAGUCGUAUGAGACGUCAAGAAUUUAGUCAAAGUCAGGUUCAUUCACUGAAUAGCCAAUCUAAAGAUAAUAAUGAUGAAACCAAAAUACUAGAACACCAAGGAGAUGAUUGUCCCUUAGAUAAAAAUGAAUUAGGUCGUAGUACAUGGAAAUUACUUCAUACCAUAGCUGCCACAUAUUCAGAUGAACCAUCACAUGAAGACCAGUCUAACAUGGAACAAUUCAUUAGAUUAAUACCAAAAGUCUAUCCUUGUGAAGUUUGUGCUAACGAUUUUUCUGAAAUAUUAACAUAUCAUCCACCAAACAUUAGCUCUCAAAAGUCAUUUGCAAAAUGGAUGUGUGAAGUACACAAUAUGGUAAAUCGGAAAUUAGAAAAGCCUCUAUUUGACUGUUCUAAAGUAAAUGAACGAUGGCGUGAUGGUUGGGCUGAUGGACAUUGUGAAUAAUAUUUUAGCAACCAAAAUUAGAUAAAUAAUACAGAAUUAUAACUUCAUACAAAAUAUUUUUAAAUAAAUAUUCUGGAUUAUUUAAAUUAUUAUUAAUUGUGAAUAAAAUAUAUUUUAAAUUUUUUUUCUGUUGAAGUAUAGUGUGUAACAUUCUAUUUAUACAAAACAUGUUAUGCUUAGAAUUAUUGCAUUUUAUUUAACUAGGGGUUAACUAUUGGACAUAAACUAACCUACAUAUUACUAUUUGUAAAAAUGCAAAAUUUGUUAUAAAUUGUUACCAACUGCUCAAAUGCUUUUGAAUAGAUACCAUUUGUCAUUUAGAUCGUAUAUCUAUAAUAUAUUAUUCACUACCACUACAGGAA